AUGGCCAAGCGCAUCACCAAGGAAUUCGCCGAAAUUUCCCAAGAACCCCCGGAGGGCUUCUCCGUGUCUCUUCCUCCCAACGAGUCCAUCCACACCUGGCACGUCACCCUGUCGGCGCCCCCCUCGACCGUCUACCACCCAGGCAAAUUCGGCAUCCUCCUCACCCUUCCCACCGACUACCCCUUCAAGCCCCCGGUCGUCAAGUUCGUCACCCGCAUCUACCACCCCAACGUGACAAACGACAAUCUCGGCAACAUCUGCUUGGGUCUCCUCAAGCCGGACGCCUGGAAGCCCAGCACGAAGCUCUACGCCGUGCUGGAGGCUCUUCGCAACCUUCUUGAAGAGCCGCAGCUCGAUAGCCCUCUCGAAGACCGCAUUGCGCAGCAGUACCAGAACGAUCGACCUGCUUUUGAUCAAGCGGCUAAAAAGGAAGUCGAAAAGCAUGCCAUGGGCCCACCUACUUUCCCUCCCAACGCCUAG